CUGCCUUUCACUCUGCAGAGUGCCGGCGAAAUCCGCAGGACGACUGCCUAUUUUGCAGUGGCAAAGGUUGGAUGUCUAAGUUUCAUCUUUUCGAGUGAUCUUCUUCCUCGGCUUCCCCUCAGUAUCCAUUCUCAGGAUGGAUCAAGAUGGACUGGUGGACCGGGGAAUGGGAACUGCCAGAAGGAGAUAUGAAGAAGAUGAGGAUCACCACUCCAUUUACAUUGGUGUCCCAGUUCCGCGGGGCUAUCGGAGAAAGCGGAGGAGAAGGAGGUCAACAUCAAGUCGUGAUAUCAGUGAAGUGGACCGGGAGAUACACUAUGAGAGAGAAAGGCACAAUCGCUCUGACACGGAUGAAGGUGGUCUGGAGAACCCCCAGGAGCUUUCCACUGCAGAUAUUACUCAUUGUACCAUGUCGCCAGCGGCAGAGAGGCUGCGCUACAUCCUUGGGGAAGAGGAUGACCUGCCAACUCCCACCUUGUUUACUGAGAUGGACACCUUGCAGCAUGAUGGUGAUGAACUGGAGUGGAAAGAAUCUGCCAGGUGGGUGAAGUUUGAAGAGAAAGUGGAAGAAGGAGGAGAGCGCUGGAGUAAACCUCAUGUGUCCACGCUAUCACUACAUAGCCUUUUUGAGCUGCGCACAUGCCUCCAGACUGGCACAGUGCUUCUGGAUCUUGAUGGAUAUUCUCUUCCUCAGAUUAUAGAUGAUAUCAUUGAGAAACAAAUUCAGGAUGGAAUGAUUAAGGAAGAGCUGAGGGAAAAGAUCAGCUUUGUACUUCUGCGGAAACAUCGUCACCAGACCAAGAAACCCAUUCACCGCUCCCUGGCUGAUAUUGGCAAGGCAGUGUCGUCCACCUCCAGUAAGGGCCCUCGAGCUCCUGGUCAUCUUUCUCCAGCACCAAUUGUAGCAGCAGCCUCCUCGGAGGGUUUACUGGGUCGCAGUCCUAGUAGGAGUCCUAGUACUAUGGCUGCCUUUCAUCGUUCCACUGAGGAUCUGCGAAUGAGACAAAAUGCAAGCUAUGGACGCCUGCGUGGCACGCAUAGCCGAAGUAUGAAUGAUAUUUCAGAUGCCCCCAGUACAGACCAGUUGAAGAACAAAUUCAUUAAGAAGAUUCCUCGGGAUGCUGAAGCUUCCAAUGUUCUGAUUGGGGAGGUUGAUUUCCUCGACAAGCCUUUCGUUGCUUUUGUAAGACUGGCACAGUCCACAACCCUUGGGGGACUUACAGAAGUUCCUGUUCCUACCAGAUUCCUCUUUGUUCUGUUGGGACCCCAAGGAAAAGCCAAGUCUUAUAAUGAAAUUGGAAGAGCUAUUGCAACCCUCAUGGUGGACGACCUGUUCAGUGAUGUUGCCUAUAAAGCUCGAGACAGAGACGAUCUAAUUGCUGGGAUUGAUGAGUUCUUAGAUGAGGUCAUUGUGCUUCCCCCAGGAGAGUGGGAUCCCACCAUCCGCAUUGAGCCUCCAAAGAAGGUUCCUUCAGCAGAAAAGAGGAAGUCUGUCUUCUCCCUUAAUGAACCUGGGCAGAUGAAUGGCUCAGCUGGAGGAGGAGGUGUGGGCAGUGAAGAUGAGGAAAUGCCUGCCCCCCAUGAGCUGGGAGAAGAACUCAUCUGGACUGGCAAGUUCUGUGGGGGGCUCUAUCUCGAUAUGAAAAGGAAGCUGCCUUGGAUUCUUAGUGAUUUCUAUGAAGCCUUCCAUAUUCAGUCCAUCUCUGCCAUUCUUUUCAUCUACCUGGGCUGCAUCACUAAUGCCAUCACAUUCGGAGGACUACUGGGAGAUGCCACAGAUAAUUACCAGGGGGUAAUGGAAAGCUUUCUGGGGACGGCAAUGGCAGGAUCCAUUUUUUGCCUUUUUGCUGGCCAGCCCCUCAUCAUUCUGAGCAGCACUGGACCCAUACUCAUCUUUGAGAAGCUUUUGUUUGACUUCAGCAAGGGAAAUGGAAUUGACUACAUGGAGUUUCGACUGUGGAUUGGCCUGCAUUCUUGCUUGCAAUGUCUUAUACUGGUGGCAACAGAUGCCAGCUUCAUCAUCAAAUACAUCACCCGCUUCACAGAGGAAGGCUUCUCCACACUCAUCUCCUUCAUUUUCAUUUAUGAUUCCAUCAAGAAGAUGAUCGGAGCCUUUAUUUAUUACCCCAUCAACUCUGACUUCAAACCCGACUACGUCACAGUGUACAAGUGUGAAUGUCUGGCCCCUGACCCAGUGGAUACUGUGGCAAUCUUCAACGCUUCAGUGCCUCUGGCUCCAAACAGCACUAACAGCUCUAUGUAUGCUCCUGUCAAUGUCACAGCUCUAGAUUGGAGCCAGCUCAGCAAGAAGGAGUGCCUGAAAUAUGGCGGCAGCCUCGUGGGCAAGUCCUGCAAAUACGUUCCUGACUUGGCACUUAUGUCUUUUAUCCUCUUCUUUGGGACAUACACCAUGACCAUCACCCUGAAGAAGUUUAAGUUCAGCCGCUACUUCCCAACCAAGCUCCGCUCCCUGGUCAGUGACUUUGCCAUUAUCCUUUCCAUCCUGUUGUUCUGUGGCCUGGAUGCAAUUGUGGAACUGGAAACUCCCAAACUGCAUGUCCCUACACAGAUCAAGAUGCGCAAGCUAAUCAGUGAUUUCUCAAUCUUCAUGUCCAUAAUGGUGUUUGUCGGUUUGGACAUGCUGGUGGGACUCGGUACUCCAAAAUUGACUGUGCCCACAGAUUUCAAGCCAACUCGUUCUGACCGAGGAUGGUUUGUCCCACUUUUUGGUAAAAAUCCAUGGUGGGUGUACCUGGCCAGUAUCCUUCCAGCUAUGCUUGUGACCAUCCUCAUUUUCAUGGACCAACAGAUCACUGCGGUUAUUGUCAACCGAAAGGAAAACAAACUGAAGAAAGGAGCAGGCUAUCACCUGGAUCUCUUCUGGGUGGGCAUUCUAAUGGCAGUGUGCUCCUUCAUGUGCUUGCCCUGGUAUGUGGCUGCCACGGUCAUUUCUAUUGCACACAUUGACAGCUUAAAGAUGGAGACUGAGUCCAGCGCACCUGGAGAGCAGCCCCAGUUCUUAGGGGUUAGAGAGCAGAGACUGACAGGGAUAAUGGUUUUUAUCCUCACGGGUAUCUCUGUUUUUCUGGCUCCCAUUCUUAAGUUCAUACCAAUGGCGGUGCUCUAUGGAGUUUUUCUCUACAUGGGUGUGGCCUCUCUCAAUGGAAUUCAGUUCUGGGACCGAUGCAAACUCUUUUUCAUGCCUGCAAAACACCAGCCAGACUACAUCUAUCUGCGCCAUGUUCCUCUGCGCCGAGUGCAUCUUUUUACUGUGGUGCAGAUUGUGUGUCUCACUGUACUCUGGGUUCUUAAAUCCACUGUGGCAGCCAUUAUAUUUCCAGUUAUGAUUUUAGCCCUCAUAUUUGUACGAAAGAUGUUAGACUGGGUAUUCUCGCAGCAUAAUCUAGCCUGGCUGGAUGACAUUCUCCCAGAGAAAGAGAAAAAGAAGAAAGAAGAUGACAAAAAGAAGAAAAAGAAAUCUAGAUCAGGUGGCGGGAAAGAGGACAGUGACGAUGAGUUUAAACCCCCAGAUCCCUCACCUGUAAGGAUAUCCAUGGAAGUCAUUUUGUCUGACCCUCUCACCCACCCAAUUCCUGAUAGGCAAGACACAGAUGCAUCCUAACUUCUCCCCAAGCAGUUCAGAUCUGGACCGCAGGGAAUGGUUGGAACUGGAAUUGCCAAUAUCUUGGACCAGAGUUUGACACCCACACCUCUUGACUUAGCUCACUCCAUGGCUGCCUGCUACUACCUACUCAUCUUGUCUAAUAAACCAAGACAAAAAAAAACAAAGAAUUUGACAAAUGAAAUAAUAUUUUUUAAAGACAAUGCACCAAACCCACAGAAGGAGUUCCUUCACUAAUGAAGUUGUUCUGCAUCGUAGCAUAACCCUUCACCUCAAGAUUUCCUGCCCAUCAUCGCCUGCAGUCAACUUCUCCAGGAACUCCACGUGCACCGUGCCACAAGUGAAGAUCGAAAUGGAAUCGGAUUACAAUGACAGCGAUACUGACAGACACCCUCGAGACAUGGGCAGUGAGACCACCUUAUAGCCAGAGAACUUUAGUCAAACUCUACUACACCCACUAACCCUCUAGAAGUAAUGAUUAACCGAUAAAGAAGAAACUGUGUUCUCUUUAAAAGGAAAUUGGAUCAGAAUGGCAGUGGGGCAAGCACCUCUAAAGAGACGGACAAAAUGCUUUUCAUGGAUUUCUUGUGCUGUAUGUCCUGGUAUGAGAGGAAGCAAGACAUGGACUGAACAUGCACCAAACUGGCUUUGAUGACCUCUUUCAUUAUUUAGAUACCCAUUUGUGGGUAAACGUCAGUUUAACCUAAAGAACAGUUCAUUUGUUUCCACUGUUUUUAUACUACAUCACAGUUUUCCUUUAUACAUUUUGCUGAUAUAUUGAUAAAGUGCUUUAGCAUUCAACAAUUUUGCAGUGGGUAUAAUAAGUCAAAUAUUGCCCCCUCGCCACUUUAAGCUUCCUGUUUGGUUCAACCCCUUUCCACUUUUCCUUAUGUCAGAUGGGCACAGAGUGAGGGACACAUAUUAGGACUCGCUGUGAGUCUUACUUAGAUAUGUUAAACAAGGUCCUCUGUGGAGGGAGAGUAGGUUGUCAUAAUGUUUAACAUAAUGAAGAACUGGAGUGACAAAAAAUAAUUUACUUCAUAGUUCUUAAACUGUGGUUUGGUUAUGCACGGCCAGAGUGGCUGCAGUUGUUUGUUUCAACCCAAUUUCUUAUUUAGAAACCAAUUACGGCUCCAACAACAUUGUUCUGCUUCCUUUUAGUGAUUAACAACCCUUAGUUGCUUCUUUUACUAUUUAACAGAUGCAUUCUCUUUUUAGUUGUUUCUAAACCAGCAGUGAAUUAACAAGGAGACACAAAUGACAGGGCAGCCAGCAUCCAGCUUCAUCUCGUUUACACCUGUCUAUGUUCGUCAUGAAGUAUGUGUGAUAAAAGCGUAUUUGAAAAGAAAUGGAAGUGAAAAAGUGAAGGACUAAGAAGUAGUAACCCACUCUUUCCCACAUAUCAUCUAAACUGAUGUCACAUUACGUGACUUCUAGUCGUUGGGUAUGUUAUAUCUGCCAACUGCUAUUGCUGACCUUGUCACUGGACUGUGUUAAUUACACGAGUGAUAGCCUGGCACAUUUAGCAAUUGCGUGACAACUUUCCAGCACAGUCGUGCUUGCCCCUUUUUCUGAUAGCCAAUACCAUGCAUUGUGGUAAGAUUAAUAUUAUGAUUAUGUAAGCCAAAGCAAUGACAGAAAAUCACUGCAAAAGUCAGCAAAUGUGGCAUGGCCCUUAGGCGAUAUUUUCAUAAAAGAUGUAGCAGAGUGGAAGUACUAACAAGCCAUAAAAUGAUAUAGCAAGCUCUAUUAUCAGCAAAGAAUGAAGAGACUGGUUGAAGAACAAAACCUGCAGCCACAGUGGCUCUCCAGGACUGAACUCAAGGACCCCUAUCUUUAAUCCCUAAUUCUACACAAGAAGACAUACAGUACAAACACUAUUCUUCCCAUAGCACUCUAGGCAGACUGACUAUAAGUGUAUUGCAACUGCCUUCUUCCAGAUCCACCAUUCAUUCACCUCCACUAUUAGAUCCCCAACAAGCCCCACUCAGACUAAACAGGCUGUAAUACAUAAACAUGCAUGUUAGCAUUAAGUGUCUUUAUUUUUGUAUUUUUUUCUGUCAAAACUUGAACACGAGUUGUUUUGUAUACUCUUUCACUAUUGAUAAGAAACUGGAAAUGUUAGACAUGUGUAACUGUAAAUUAUAUAUAAAUAUAUAUAUAUUGUUUAUUAGAUUUUACAAGGCUUGAGAUCAAAGUAUAUCACUACUAAAGAUUUGCAGAUGUUCUCCAACUUGAAAUUGUGUGUUAUUUUACCGGGAAUGGGUGCAGGGUGAAAUAUUGUGUGUGGCAGGGGUCCUCACACAUUCAACCCCCCAAGGCAGUGUGGAGGGGCACAGAUGGCAGAUUGGGGUUUAGACCUACUUUUCAUUUCAAAGAACCAAAAGCUACAAUCUUAAUCUCUGGACAACAAAAAUUCUAGUGCAACAAUAACUAGCAGCCAGAAAUCCACCAAAAGUGCAAGUCUUGACCAACAUUUAGAAAGCUGAAAAUUCUGGUAACAGGCUGAAAUGGUGUGCUGGGGUGUUUACAAGUCAAAAGAGGUUAUGUUGUGUAUCAUCUUGUAAGACCACAUGAGCGAUACUAUGAGUUAUACAACAGGAGUUAUCAGGGAAAAAGUGGACAGAAAUUAAGAGACAUGACAGUAGUGAGAAUAGAAUUUAGGAAAAGAAAUAAAGUUGGCGCCUGCUGUUCCUAAAUAAUAUUUCAUAUGAAUUUUGCACGACUGUCAUUCACCCCAAUACAAUGGCCAAGAGCACUUUCUUUAAUUCAAAAGUGAGACCCCGUCUCAGAGGGCUUCUGGGUUGAGGGCUACAACCUGUUUUACCAGAGGAAUCAAUACAACAACAUAUUCACAAACUGUAUACUGCACGUUUUCAGUAUGAAUUGACUUUCAUUAUACAACACAAAAUAUUUUUACGGACAUUUUCAUAUUGCUUGCUGCUGUCCAGUGUUGAUCCACCACCCAUUUACAUUAAAACAAACUUUGUUAGCCCCAAACUGUACGAAUGACAUUAAAUAUGUUUCAAUGUCAUCACUAAAAAGUAGCACAUAAAUAGAAUAUAACUGUUGGGUGGAGUAUUCAUUUAAAGACGGGGGCAGGUGAUUUAUGACGGUCUUGUUAAAAAAGCUGACUCGACUUGUUUUUUGUUGGAAUUCUCUAUAUUUUAGUGCUAGUACACAAAUAAUCUUAAACUACACUACAGAGGAUUAAACAUAGUGAUGUCUAGCAUUAUUUGUUCGAAUAAGUCCUUGCCAGCAUAUCGUUGGCGCCACAUAAAUUCACACAGAUAUGAAUCUAGAAGGGCCCGCUAGAGGUUCUCUCUUAUGUCUUGGGCUCAGUGUAGCCUUUCUAUUCCAACGUCAAUGGAAAGAAAAUUCAGCUCUUUGUCACCAGUCUGAAACAUACAGGACGGUCAGAUCCGAGCGCCGCUGGGCCUCCUCGCCUUCCAAUUCCUUGCUGGCUCCUGAUAAUCGCGGUGUCUGUCUUCGAGGUGGCCACACUCGCCGUCCGAUCGUCCAGCUGGGAUCUGAUCUUGUCAAGUCGGACGUGUGGCUAGCAGAUGUGCCCGCUCGGCUUGCCUCUUUCUCACCGCUCCGGCUUUCUGGUCAACCUUUCUUUUUCUCACUUUUGAAUUACCCGCAUGAUGAGCUGUUGUCAAGGCAACCGCAGUAACAUUGACUGGACUCCGGACGUUGACGUGGAAAGGGUCCUUUAUGUUUUAGCUUCCGCCUCCAUCGACUGUAUUUCUUUCACUACAGACAAUAUAACAUUACGUUCGUAAAGGAAGAGACGAUAAACAGACCAAGACACUAUGUGACAGAGUUACAAAUGCGACAUAGAUCAUAGUAAUAAUAAAAUGAAUUACAUUUCUAUAGCGCAUAUGUGACGUGUGAGUUUCCGUCAUGCAGCCCAAAGACGAGGCUGAGUCUCAGUAAUUUACAAGGUUAUUAAUUCCAACAAAAAACAAGUGGCGUCCGCUUUUUGAACAAAAACUUGGCGUUGGUUGGCGUGUGAAAAUAUGAGCAUGCCAAAAUCAGGAAAAUGCGCACGCCAAAAAAAAUCAGAUUUGUAAAAACAUUUCCACACAACUAAUCUUUUAUAAAUAAAUCACAAUCACCUUGUAAAUGUGCGUUCGUGGACACGCCUCGAUGCUACUGAACCUCACCAUGCUGCAGACGUUCAUUGGCUGGCAGAGUAGCCUUCAUCAUGACGUGUUGAGACCGCGCCACCGGCGUUCACGAGCAUCCGUCUGUCCACCUGCAGUGCACACUUGAGCGCGCAAGAUGACGCACGGGGUUAUCGCGCAAAUCCUUGGCGCUCUCGGGUUUCUGGAAAAGGCGCCAGCGUCUGAGCAGGUAACUGUUAAUACCUGUCACAUGUAACGACACGAUUUCUAUUACAACGAAUAGCAUGGAACAUAUAAAAAACUGAGUUCUGCCAAAGCUAGUCUAACAGAGCCGCAAGCAAUGUACUUUUCUUUAAUGGGUUUACCUUAUGAAGCUGCCCACUAAGACUAUUUUGUCUCUUUGUGGACUCCAUAGAAAAGGGGGCGAGAUCUGUUUGUUCCAGGGGCGCGCCGCGCAUAACCCCAACGGAGUUUGUAUGUGUAGGUUGGUAGCAUGCGCUGAUACAGCGCGCUGCCACACCCACCACAUGACGGACCACCCGGAUUGGGACCCUAGUGCAGCCGUGCAACGGAAGACAUCUCAGCACCAC